GGUGCAGUCGUCUCCGGAUUUUCACUGUCAGUGCAUUCUGGAGGUCACAAUGCAUCUGUGUUUGAUGCUUGCUCUGAUGCUGAUGCUGGGGCUUCUGGUGCAAUCCCCAACCAUUGGCAUCGAUGGAGCACCGACUUCGUCGUCAAGACGUUUGCUCACAGCACGAGAUUAUUGCUUUCGUUCGGGAAAAUUGUCAGAUCGUCAACGUUUGCGGCUGGAUCACAUGGCGUAUGAGAAUCAAGAGUAUGCACAUCGUUAUGCAUAUUGCUUCUGGACCAAACUGCACCUUUGGAAUGAUCAAAACGGUUUUCAGGCUAUGCAAAUUGUCAAUCAUUUCGGAGGACCUGACCGCUUGAAUGUCGAGCAAGCUGUGCCCGUGAUCAAUAAAUGCAAUUUGUCGACCAGACCAGGAGCGGCGUCCAAUUGGUGUUAUCGGGCAUUUGUAUGCGUGUUGAGAACACCCGUGGGUGAAUGGUUCCGUCGUCAUAUGUCCGAUGUGAUCAAUGGCAAUGCUUAGGCAGGCUCUGAAUGAGAGGAAUAAACUUUCGACUUUUCCAUGUU